AUGGCGCCCAAACAGGCUACUCUUGGUAACUUCUUCGGAAAACCGAAUGGCCAAGCCGUGAAGCAGCAAUCGAAACUGUCAUUUUCGACGAAGCCAAAAACCGCGAAGAAGAAUACUGCAACAAAAGAAAAAGAAGAAGAAGUCGAGUCCUCGCCAGCAGAAGUGAAGGCUGAGCAGAGUGGCGAUGCUGAAUCGGACGCUGAGGUCACAGUGAAGGCUAAGAAGGAAGUCAAGGAUGGUCUAGGAGACGAUGCGAUGGAGGUUGACAGUCCACCAUCGAAAUCUGGCAAGAAGAGACAAAUCAACGAGGAAGAAGAACAAGACUCGGAAGAUGAGCCACCGACGAAGCGUCAGCGGAGGAAGCCAACCGAGGUCAAGGAGAAGCCGAAGAGUCCCAAAGCAUCGCCUAAGAAGACUGAGAAAUCGCCAGUAAAUUCAAAGAAGGCUGCUGCCAAGGUCAAGGCUGAGGAGCCCGAGGAUGAGGACGAAGAAGUCGUUACUCCUGCAAAGGCUGCCAGCAACAAGCGAAAGAAGACAAGCAAGACUCCUGAGCCAGUAGUGGAGGAAGAGGAAGACUCGACCAACAAGGAAGAAGACGAAGUCCUGAGUUCAGAGGAGGAGCCUGAAGUCAAGGAGAAGGCUCGAAAGAAGGUCCAGUCAACGCUGUCUUCAGCCAAGACACAAGAUCCAUACCCUGAUUGGAAACCUGGCGAGCCAGUACCCUACGCAGCGCUUUGUACGACGUUUUCGAAGAUCGAGAUGACGACCAAAAGACUGGAGAUUCUGGCACACUGCUCGCUGUUCUUGCGACAGGUGUUACGGCUGACACCUUCCGACAUGCUGCCCACAGUUAUGCUCAUGGUGAACAAGCUUGCUGCCGAUUAUGCUGGCAUAGAACUUGGUAUUGGCGAGUCACUGAUCAUGAAGGCGGUGUCUGGGAGUACUGGACGAAGUCUACAACAGAUCAAGGCGGACCAGAAUGAGAUUGGAGAUCUUGGUCUAGUGGCAGCGAUGAGCCGAUCGAAACAGCCAACCAUGUUCAAACCUAAGGCUUUGACUGUGGAGGGCGUACGUAAGGGCUUGAUGGCCAUUGCCACUACCGAAGGCCAGGGAGCACAAGGACGGAAGGUGGAUGGCAUCAAGAAGCUACUCUCUGCUGCUGAUGCUGAAACUGCUGGAAAGGCGGUUGACAUUGAGAAAGACAAGGGUGGCGCGAGUGAAGCAAAAUUUAUUGUACGAACACUCGAGGGCAAGCUGCGACUUGGUCUUGCGGAGCGGACAGUAGUUGUCGCAGUGGCCCAGGCCAUGAUCUUCCACGAAAUGUCUCAAAAGGGCAAGACGCCAUCAACAUCUGAUCUGGCAGAAGCUGAGGCCAUAUUGAAGACAGUCUACAGUGAGCUUCCAAGUUACGAAGUCAUCAUCCCAGCUAUGCUUGAGCACGGCAUCAUGAACUUGCGCGAAAACUGCAGAUUACAACCUGGUGUGCCCCUCAAGCCCAUGUUGGCCAAGCCAACCAAAUCCAUCACCGAAGUAUUGGAUCGUUUCGAAGGCAAAGACUUCACUUGUGAAUACAAGUACGACGGAGAGCGUGCGCAGAUACACUUUGUCUCUCACGAUGCCAACAUGAAGCUUGCAACCGCUGCGCCCUCUGCUGGUAAGAGUGAUCGUGGCGUUUCCAACAUUUUCUCUCGUAAUUCGGAGGACCUGUCGAAAAAGUACCCAGACAUCCUGGCCAAACUACCUUCGUGGGUCAAGGAGGGAACCAAAAGCUUUGUUCUGGACUGCGAGACUGUUGCGUGGGAUAUGGAAGAGAAGAAAGUCCUGCCCUUCCAGCAGCUAAUGACGCGGAAGAGGAAGGAUGUCAAGGUCGAAGAUGUCAAGGUCAAGGUCUGCGUCUUUGCCUUUGACAUACUCUAUCUGAAUGGCGAGGCCCUGGUCACCAAAUCAUUCCGCGAGCGCCGGGAGCAUCUCCGCGAAGCCUUCACCGAAGUCGAAGGCGAAUUCGCCUUUGCCAAAUUCGGCAACACCAACGAACUCGACGAGAUCCAGAUCCUGCUUGAAGACUCUGUCAAGUCCGGCUGCGAAGGCCUCAUGGUGAAGAUGCUCGACGGCCCGGAAUCCUACUACGAGCCCUCGAAGCGUUCGCAAAACUGGCUCAAGGUGAAGAAGGACUACCUCGCUGGCGUAGGCGACUCACUCGACCUCGUCGUCCUAGGCGCCUACUACGGCCGCGGCAAACGCACAAGCUGGUACGGCGCCUUCCUGCUUGCCUGCUACAACCCAAGCACGGAAAAGUACGAAACGGUAUGCAACAUCGGCACCGGCUUCUCCGAAGCCAUACUCGAAUCCCUGCACAAGACCCUCUCCGCCAUUGUCAUUGACCGUCCCAAACCCUUUUACACACAUUCCUCGGGCAACAAGGACCAGCCCGACGUCUGGUUCGAGCCCCGCUAUGUCUGGGAGGUCAAGACGGCCGAUCUCACCCUCUCGCCCCGCUACCGCGCCGCGGCCGACGAGGUUGCGGGCGGGGGCAAGGGCAUCAGUCUGAGGUUUCCCCGCUUCAUCAAGGAGAGGGAGGAUAAGAAGCCGGCUGAGGCGAGUACGGCGCGGAUGAUUGCGGAAAUGUAUCAGAGGCAGGAGAGCGUGAGUAAGACCAAGGGACCAGCUGCGGAUGAUGACUUUGAGUAUUGA